UUUGAAACGUCAACUAAAUUAUAAAUAACGGUGCUAUUGAAAAUUUCGAAUGAAUAAAAUGACAUGGUCUAAUAACAUUAAAAACAAGGAUUUUGAGGGCGCCGCCCCCUUAUUGACACGCGAGUUACCUCCUAUUUUUGUUAUGGAUCUGUUGGCUACAUACGGAAGUAUUAAAGAUCCAACAGAAGAAAAUCUUGUUGAUAACAAAGAGAGCUACAAAAUGGAUGAAAGUGUUGAAACGGAGGGCAGAGCAAAUCCCCCUUUAAGCUUUGCUGAUUUGGGAAUACCUACGACUGCACAGCUUCAAGAUACGAUGGUUGGAAAGGCUCGACCAUGGAGUGAUGUGUCAUGGAAGGAGAGAUUUUAUAUUGGAUUGAUGGUUCUAUCCAUCCUAGGGGCUGCAGGUUUCACUGUUUAUAGACUAGUGACCAUUUGGGACAACACUCACUCACACAGAAACAGCACAACAAACACUUCAAAUGAAGAGUCUUCAAACAACACAGAUUUUACCUUUGGUUUAGUUCUUCUGUUAAAUGCAGUGUUUUGUAUUUGGUUUGUCAUCGAAGGUGUUUUGAGAGAACGCCCAUCAGAGCUUGUCAUUCUGACAAUUGCUACAGUAAUUAUCAUGGUUUAUCUCAUCGCAAACUACCUGGCUGGUUAUCAUAAUGAUAUCAAAUUGAUCCGACUCAUAAUAGCAUGUGUGUUCUGUCCAUUUCUGGUAGUUUUGGGUUUAUACAUUGCUUGGCAUUAUCAUGUUUCCAAGCAACUGAUUUUCCGAACGGUUGGUGCGAGUGAAACUCUUCAGAAGUUGUACAGGAAUCUCUUGGCUUUUCAGGAUUUCUUAAAAUUUGAUCUCCAGUUAGGAGGCAGUAUGGUUAUUUUGAUUCUCAAGACCCCCAAUGACAUUGCCGUACAAGACAUUGUCAUCUUGUCAGUGGGAGGAGUCUUCACACUAGUUUGGUUCAUAGUGGGAUUUUUCUCUAUGCCGAAGGAAUCUAAAGCUGUGUCGAUAAUCUUUUUUCUAUUCAGUCCAGCUGAAAUUGCUUACAUUUGCUACAAAAUGUAUGAUGUGUCUGGCUACAUAAGUACUUGGUCUGGGUUGGCUGCCGCCACUAUAGCCUGUGGUAUUGUUGCUCUGCUUGUUCGGUUUGUUGUCAUUGUUCUUGGAGUCGUGGUUUAUAAAGGCUUCGGCAUGGGACUGAAGGAAAAAUUAAAUCCCCAAAGUUCAAGAAGUUAAAUGUCUUGGUGUGAUGUUUUGUUGCAUUAGUUCAUCUACCACAAGUGCAUUCAUGUGAAAUGUAUUGACAAUGUUCUUACAGUCAAUACACUGAGAGUAGAAUUUGUCAUUAUCAACUUUUCUGUAAAUAAUUUAGUCUUUUUACUAAGACACUAUAAGUUUAUUUUGCUUGAGAAUCUAAAAUUUAUUUAUUUAUUAUUUCAUUUUCACUGUAAAUUUAGUUGAACUAAUUUUUUAUUUUUAGAAACUAAUGUUCAUAAUGCAUCUGCAAGAAUGAAAAAAAAAAAGCCUUUAAAAAUGCAAUUAUUCAUUGAUUAACCUGGUAGAAAAUAUCUGCCUUAUUGGUUAUAAUAUUCAAUUGGUUAUUGUAAGUCAUCUUGUGUCAAUUCCAGUCAAGCCUCCGUGAUUGUUCUAGAAAAUGUUCAUCUGAUUAUAAACAUUUUUUCCCUGAUCAAAAUGGAAAUACAUUUUCUAUUGUUAAAAAAGUUUUUAAACCUAAUCAAAUUUUCUUGUCUCUUAAAAAUAUACAAUUAAUGUCCAGAUUUAAAUAUUUUUUAAAAUUGUCAAUAAUUUAAAAACUUGUUUUUUAAAGAUUUAUUUGUGAAGUUUUUUGUUUUAAAUGUUUACCUAUUAAUGAUCUAAGUUUGUUGAUAUUUUUUUUACAAUUGUUAAUGUUAAUUUAAUAUUAAUUCCUAUACAUUUUGAUAAUUUGUCCCGGUUUUCCAAUCUCUUUAGGUAGCAGUCCCUUCUUAAGCUUACUUUUUCUUUUUUAAGAUUUUAAAAUUAUUUUCAUAAGUUUAAAGUGAAAUGUUAAUUUAUAAAUUAAUUAUAAACAUAGUUGUGAUGUAGCUAAUCAUUAAACAAUGUUAAUCAAUGUAAGACAUAGGUAGUGAAUUGUUACUUAAGUUCUUAAAUAGUAGAAAUCACAAUUCUGUAUUCAUUGUAUUACUAAAGGUUAUAGUCCAGAAAAAUAUUUUCAGCAUCCACUGUAUAUAUUAGAAACAAUUCAGUUGUUUUACAUAAAAUGGUUUGAUUAAGUUAAACUGAAAACUGUUUUUCAUGUCUUUGUGAUUAAUUAUUAUUAUGAAAAGUGGUGCAUUUAUUUACUUAAAAUGCAAGAUGUAGCUGUAAUUUGCUUAAAAUGCUUUUUUUUUUAGGAAUUUUAAAGAACCAGCAAAAGAAUGUGAACUAAGAAAUUUUAAGGAAUAGAUUUACACUUCUUAAAAUAGCAUUUAGAACCAGACAUGUUAAAUUUCCAUACUUUUUAAUUGAUUAUCAGUUGCAUUUUGUUUUUCCUACACUUAAAAACUUUGAAAAAAUAUUUGCUCAUACAUCUUAUAUUUAUAAAACAAUUUACCCCGGUUACAUAAUAUUUGGUUGUUUGUUUUGUUUGUGGAAAAGCUAUUUAAAAGUCUCAAAUAAAAAUGUUGGUAUAAUCAAACCUACUUAAAAAAAAACAUUCCAAAAUAUUUAUCUUUGGAACUAAGCUUAUGUGAAACAUUUUCUUAAACAGAUUUUUUAAAUUAAUUAGAUUUUUCUAAGGUUGUCGCUCCUUUACCUCGCUUUCAUGAAAUUUUUUACUGUUUUAUUUUUGCAGCUGUUCUUUUGAACUCCAAUCUGGCCUGUUGUUUUCAUUGUUUGUUAAAAUUGUGCGGUUUUCUUUGAUGCAACCUUACUCUUUGCAAAAGGCUCAUGACAAUUGUUUAAAAAAUGUAUAUCUAACUUUUUCCAUGAAAAUUAUGCCUAGGCUAUACUAAAAUGGUGUGUUAAUUUGUUUACUUAAAGAGUUUGUGAAUAUUGUUUUCUCAAUGUAAAUUUUAACAAGUAUUAGAUUUCUUGUCCUUAUUCAUCUACCUAAAAAAAAGGGUGGAACCUUUUUCAAAUGUUACAUACCAGUAUUUUAACUGCCAGUUCUUUCCUGGUGAUUGGAACUUAACAGUUUAUAGCCAAACCUUUUAUUUUAGAACCUUAUAUCAGAUUCACUUAACUCUUAUUUAAAGUAAGGUUAUAUUCUUUCAAAAUGUUAUCAUAGGUUCAAAGUGCAAUUUUAUUUAGACCAAAAUAGUUGAGCAUAUUUAACGGAUGAUCAAGUGGAUCAUCCAUAAAGUUCAAUUGAGUUUAAGAAAGUGCCGAAAUCAGAAUUACCUACUUCCCUAGUACAGAAAUAGUACAAAAUUUUCUUAUAUAAAAAACUGACUGAUUUAAUUGCCUAAAGCAGUACAUAUCAGUCUACAAGCAUAUUUUAUUUAAACUGUAAAGGAUGAAACUUUUAUGAAAGUAUAGAAGUUGGGUAUAAAUAAGCGUUGGUUUGCCAUUAAUCUGUUGUUUAUAUUUGAGUCCACCCAGCUCUGAUGGGUACCUAACUUUUAGGGAAACAAAGACGGCUGGCCAUAGUGCUGACCACACUAUCCCUUCAUAUACCGAGGUCAGUGAAUCAGAUGAACUCUACUCCAUCUGCCCAAUGUGUCUUGGGAACAAACUGGAUUAAGAAGAAGAAGAAAAUAUUUGUGCCAUUUAGUGACUUAAAAUCUAAACCGUGGAAAUCUGAAAGAAAUGAGUAUUUGAACUCCCUAAUUGAAACAUGUUACAGUGUCUGUAUCACACUUGGCCUUUGCAACUGCUCGUACCCAAAGUCUUUCUUGUAACACAGCAAUAUUGAUAAACAGUUGUGUCUACAAGUACGAGAUUUUUAUUGCAAUACUGUGAAAAUACUCUUUCACGCUAACUAUAUCCUUCUAAAAUGUCCUAUGCUAGACCUACAUAUACAAACUGAUAUUUUGUGAACUAACUUUUUUUAACAUUUACAACAUUGGAGUGUUUUUGCUGUACUUGUUUUAUUGAAUAUUUAUUAAAUCGCGAAAUAGAAACUUGAAAUACUUGUUCAUUAAUGCUUGAUUCUAUAGCAACAGUAAUAUAUUUUCUGUUUAACAUAAGUCAUACUGUUUUUUUAUCUUAACCUACAGCUAACACCUAUCAGGUGGCAGUUGGUUUAUCUACCUAACAUUUCUUGUACCUUUUUUAAAAAUUAUACCCAGAAAUGAAAUAAAACUUUAUGAUAUUC